AUGGCGUUCGAUGGUACUUGGAAGGUAGACCGAAACGAGAACUAUGAAAAGUUCAUGGAAAAAAUGGGUAUUAACAUGGUGAAAAGGAAGCUUGCAUCUCAUGACAAUUUGAAACUGAUAAUUACACAAGAAGGAAAUAAAUUCACAGUCAAAGAAUCAAGCACUUUUCGAAACACUGAAAUUGUGUUUGAGCUUGGUGUCACUUUUAAUUAUAGCCUCGCAGACGGAACUGAACUCACUGGGGCUUGGAGCCUAGAGGGAAAUAAACUUGUUGGAAAAUUCAAACGGGUGGACAAUGGAAAUGAACUAAAUGCUGUCCGAGAAAUUAUAGGUGGUGAAAUGGUCCAGACUUAUGUAUAUGAAGGAGUGGAAGCCAAGAGGAUCUUCAAAAAGGAGUGAGCAUUGUUCCUGGAGCAGAGCCCAGAAC